UGUGUCACUGUGACACGUAGCCUUUUUUUUUUUUAGUCUAAGUAAGUAAGAAGUAGGCUACGUGCAAAUAUGCGAGCCCACACAUAGCCUAAACGACAAUUGGUAGCCCUAGACAGUGUGUGACAUACAGAGGUCACAGACUAUAUUCAUCUGAUACUCUAGGGAAAAGGGAGAGGCUGCAGCUUUGAAAUUCACUUUCUGUCAUUGGAAACUGCUGACACGGAACUUCCAAGUGGCGGUGAUACUGUAGCAACUGUUUCACUUGGAAACCUGCAGUUUGGGAGGUUGGUGAUUGGCCAGAGUGGGAUCCUGUCCACACCAGCAGUGUCUUGCAUGAUCAGGAAGAUCAAAGCCAUCGGGGGCAUCAUCCUUACCGCUAGCCAUAACCCUGGAGGGCCCAAUGGUGACUUUGGCAUCAAGUUCAACACUUCCAACGGAGGCCCAGCACCUGAAGCAAUUACAGACAAAAUCUUCCAGAUCAGUAAGACCAUCGAAGAGUAUGCAAUCUGCCCAGACCUCCAAGUUGACCUGUCCACCAUCGGCAAGCAGACCUUCGACCUAGAGAACAAGUUUAAACCUUUCAAAGUGGAGAUUGUGGACUCGGUGGAGUCCUAUGCCAACAUGCUGAGGAACGUCUUUGACUUUGCUGCCCUGAAGGAGCUGCUUUCUGGAGAUAACCACCUUCGAAUCCGGCUGGAUGCCAUGCAUGGGGUGGUGGGACCAUAUGUGAAGAGGAUUAUCUCUGAGGAGCUGGGCUCUCCUGCUAACUCUGCCAUCAACUGCAUCCCCAAGGAGGACUUUGGGGGCCACCACCCUGAUCCUAACCUCACCUAUGCUGCAGACCUGGUGGAGACCAUGAAGGGCGGGGAGUAUGAUUUUGGAGCCGCUUUUGACGGUGAUGGUGAUCGCAACAUGAUUCUGGGGAGGCAGGGUUUCUUUGUGAACCCCUCUGACUCAGUGGCUGUCAUUGCUGCCAACCUCUUCAGCAUCCCUUACUUCCAGCAGAGUGGGAUUAGAGGUCUGGCCCGGAGCAUGCCCACCAGUGCCGCACUCGACAAUGUAGCUAAAGCCAUGCAGAUCCAGCUGUAUGAGACACCCACGGGAUGGAAGUUCUUUGGGAACCUGAUGGAUGCUGGGAAGCUGUCCCUGUGUGGAGAGGAGAGCUUUGGCACAGGCUCUGACCACAUCCGUGAGAAAGACGGGCUGUGGGCGGUGCUGGCCUGGAUGUCAAUCAUUGCUGUGCGGAAGCAGAGUGUGGAAGACAUCAUGAAGGACCACUGGCAGAAAUUUGGCAGAAAUUUCUUCACAAGGUACGACUAUGAGGAAGUGGACUCGGAUGCUGCCACUGAGAUGAUCAAGGACCUGGAGGCACUGAUCCUUGACAAGGCCUUCAUUGGGCAGAAGUUCUCAGCUAGAGACAAGAUUUAUGAAGUGGAGAAAGCUGACAACUUUGAGUAUAGUGAUCCUGUGGAUGGAAGCAUCUCAAGGAAUCAGGUUAGAGCCUGUGCUACAGUAUGUGUCACAGUGUUUGAGAGAGGUCUUAGGAUCUUUUUUUCAGAUGGUUCUCGCAUAAUUUUCCGCCUCAGUGGAACAGGCAGUGCUGGAACCACCAUCAGGCUCUACAUAGACAGCUAUGAGAAAGACCCUCAGAUGAUAUAUGAAGACCCACAGGUCAUGCUGGCUCCCCUGGUGACUAUCGCUCUGAAGAUCUCGGAGCUUCAUGAGAGGACUGGUCGAAAAGGCCCCACAGUGAUCACAUGAUGCCUCCAUUCUGUUGCACAGCCCCACAAAAACUCACCAAAACAGAUUGCCCAAAUCUGUAGAAUAAUGCUCAACCCAAGACAAGACCCAUUAAACCAUACAUUCAUAAGUAUUUUUCCCCGUUGUUGUUUGUGAAAUACCUGCCUGUGAUGGAAUGUUCUGUGGUUGGUCAGUGAGAAAAUAUAAUUCACUCUCUGAACUUCACUACACCAGCAUCUCUACUUUGUUUGUGUCAAGGCCCAACCUCUCCCACAGUGGUAAAACAAUCGCAUAUUGUGGUAAAAAUUGCUUACUGGUUGUUUUGUUGCAUAUUUCACAACUGGUGGCUGGUAAUAGUCCGGUAGUCUGGAUUUGCUUGAGUUGACUGAAGAGAUGAGACAGACCUACAAAUACACAACUGUGCACUCCAAAUUGAGAGACAAAGAUCAAAUCAAUGUUAAAAGAAAAGGAAAAAGAAGGGUUCAUGCCAGUCACAGCAUAAACAGGCCUCCACACAUGCAAAGCUGAGCUACAGUAUCUAAACCCACAAACUAAAGAGAUAAGCAAAGAGCCCAUAGGGUAUCGACCAUAACCCCCUACGUAGGCGGUCUCAGACUGCUCCUUGAUAACCACGCCUUAGAGAGAGGGAAGAAUAGUGCUGCAGAUUAUAGCCAAAUACAAAUAUGAUCGCUAUGUGUAGGCAUCAAACAGGGUGGUACAUUCAGGGCUGCACAAUUACAACUGAUGUUUAGCACACAUGAUCGACUGUAUGGCCACACAACUGGAAUAGAAGUUUUAUCAGAGAAUCUCCAUCCACCAGUGAAAGAUGAAAGGACAAGCUGAA